CGCCUUCGCCCGUUUUGGCAGGAACAUGCGCAGUAAUAGGUAAACCUGCUGGAGCGGGUUCAGGUUCCCCAUCGGCGCUCUCACCGUGCAAUACGCAUGUGGAAAGCUAUCACGGUUUACGUACGUUUUCAGUGCUGUAGCUUUACCGAGCGGUAGUAACCAGAAAGGCACAGCUGUGUUCGCAACGCACUUGCCUGCACACGGGCAAAAUUGUGGAAAAGUUAGCUGCAAGCUGGUGAAAAUCAUAUCGGAAAUCAACUUGCUAGCGGAAUUUAUUUCGUGCAGAAAAAGUGCGUUUCUCUGGUAGUGGUCGGGUGCGCGCGAAAUGUUUUCCCUACGCUCAUCAUAUGGUGGAUAAUUGUAGUAUUGAAACGAUUCAAAAGUGUUAUCGAAACAAUGUAGUGUAAAAGGAAUACCGACGCUUGAGCCUGUAUCAGAUCGAGUAUUUUUAGCGGAAGUACCAAAGCCCACGUUCGACGUUUCCAUACGGUGGGCACCGUUGGCCAAUUAAGCCCAAAGCCCAUUCCAAUCAUCCCGUCGGACGUCGGAUCGUGACCAACCCGCAAACAGAGAGUAAGCCCGAGAGAAGCAGUACACAUUGGAAAUGUUUCCCGAAAUAAAUCCCCCAAGGAAAAUGUCGUUCCAAGCAGAUCCGGUCGAUUUUAAAGAAAAGCUCAUUGCGGCCGUGAAGAAAGAGGUCAAACAGGUGAUGGAGGAAGCCGUCACCAAGAAGUACAUACACGAAGAGUCUUGCUCGGUAACGGCCCUAUGUGCAGCGGUCGAGGCGUGCCUGAGCCAGGGUCUGCGAAGGCGAGCGCUCGGCCUGUUCAAGACAUCGUCCACCACCGCCCUGCUGCACAAGGUGGCCAAGCACUGUCCCGAAGCGGCCUGUAUCAGUAAGAAGGUGCAGGACAUCGAAAACAGUGAUCCAAACAAGCGAUCGUCGUCGAGCAGCGACAGCACGAACAAGCCACCGAUACUGAAGAAGAGCAGCAGUAACUCGGUAUCGACAACGACACCGCCACAGUCACCGCCACAGUCACCGCCAGUUGUGAAAUAUCUUUGGAUACGGUUGGCACUGUACGAGAAGAAACUGUCCCGCAUCAUCGAUCAUCUCGUGACGAACGCGACGCGAUAUUACGAACGUGACUCACUAGUUGCUGAUCCAGACUACGGUUCCAUACUGAGCUCGCUGCUCGUCGGCCCGUGCGCACUGGAUUACUCGCGUGCCAAAACUGCCGAUCACUUCUGGACCGAUCCUCCGGCGGACGAAUUGGUCCAACGUCAUAGAAUCAGCUCGAGCAAUCCGACGCCACCGGCGUACCGAAGACCGAUGUUGAACUUCAAGCGAAGCCUCCACACCAGCUCGGAGGAGGGCAGCAUGGCGUCGUUCAAGUCGAACAGCUUGGUAUCGGCGUCGAAGGACUACGUGGAGUCACUGCAUCAAAACUCGCGUGCCACACUACUGUACGGGAAGAACAACGUGCUCGUGCUGCCGAAAGACGUCAGUGAACCGAUGCCCGGGUAUCUCAGUCUGCAUCAGACAGUGCAAUCGCUCACGAUCAAGUGGACACCGAACCAGCUGAUGAACGGGUACACCGAGUCGGAGAACAUCGACAAGAGCUCGUACUGGGCGUACGCACUGAACGUCAAUGUGGACGAGAUUGUGUACGUGCACUGCCACCAGGCGCGUGGUGGCGAUACCGGUGGCACCGUCAUCCUCGUCGGGCAGGAUGGUGUCCAGCGUCCUCCCAUACACUUCCCCGAGGGUGGACAUAUGGCGGCUUUCCUGAGCUGUCUCGAAACAGGUCUUCUACCACACGGUCAGCUGGAUCCUCCACUAUGGUCCCAGCGAGGCAUUGGACGCAUCUUUCCCUGGCCGCAGAAAUCACGGCGCCGGCCGCUACCUUCCCUGCUGGAGACGAACGACGAGAUGCCGAUCGAUUAUGUGUUUCGGGUGGUCAACAAAAGCAACACGGAUGAGUUUUUGGCAACUCAUUCGAUACUGGAACUAGGACGCACGAGCCCACGCUACCGAGCACAGCUGAGCAGCUGCUCCACCAACGAAAGCAGCGACUGUUCCAGCAAAAGUCUCUCGAUCGAUGCCAUGUCCAUCGACAGUCCGAAUCCACAAUCGACCCAAUCGACCAGCAUCGCCCUCGUUUGCUCAACGAUGAAACGGCAGAUCAUUUCGCGCGCGUUCUACGGUUGGCUAGCGUACUGCCGGCAUCUCUCCACCGUGCGGACACAUCUGUCCGGGCUGGUCAAUGGUCGCAUCACGCCCGAAUCCGGUGCCGAGGAAGGUCUUACCCGUUCGCGCUGGGAAAGCUUGCACGAUGGAAACGGUGUCGUGGCGGACGAUCAGGAAGUGUACCGGUUAGUGUACUACGGUGGCGUCGAUCACGACAUACGGAAGGAGGUGUGGCCCUAUCUGCUCGGCCACUACAGCUUCGGCAGCACACCGGUCGAGCGGGCAGAGCUGGACGAAACUGCCAAACACUACUACGAAACGACCAUGAGCGAAUGGUUGGCGGUGGAAGCGAUCGUACGCCAGCGGGACAAGGAAAAGACGGCCGUCGCGGUGGCCAAGCUAAGCUCGGGAAGCGGCAGUAUGGAAAACAAAAGCAAAACCAUCGAUCAGGAUGCGGAUGGGGAGGAGGAGGAGGAAGAGAUGGAGAACGAGGUGUUCGAGGAGAACGGGUUCUCGGACAUGUCCGAGCCGGAAGUGGAGGGGGAGGAAAAAUCGGACGCAAAGCCAAAGCUUACCAAGGACAACAUCACUCUUCCGGUGGCUGCGCAGGACGCUACCAUGGAAACCGGGAAUGGGGAGGAUGGAGUGGCGGAAGAGGCGGCCGAGAAUCAGAACCAAGAGCAAGACUUUGACAGCAACAAGAGCUCGCCUUCCGAUUCGUCGUACGCAACGGUCGGCAACGAUUUCAUCGAUGUUGCGGACAUCAUCUCCCCGAUGGGUGACGGUGCGGCCAAGUCCUUGGGUGGCGAGGAAGUGGAACGCAUGCAGGAGGAUGAAGACGAGGAGGUGGUUACGUCGGACGGUGCGAUCGAACCGGACGAGGAAGAAGAACCGGAUUCGCCCAAAUCGCUCGAGCAACCGCGUGCUGUUAUCGUGACCGAUGCGUCCAUCGAUGUCACCAUGAUGCCGAGUGAGGUCCGGGAGCUGAACAACAACAACACACUGACGACACUGCCGGAGGAGGGUAGCAAUCAUCAGCCGGCACUGGAUUCGUUGCAAGAGCCCAAAUCGGCCUGUGUGUCGCCUGCCAGCUCCAACGGGGGCAUCUACAGUAGCGAACUGCUGGAGUCGUUUGGGCUGAAUCUUCACCGGAUUGAAAAGGAUGUCCAGCGGUGCGAUCGUAACUACUGGUACUUUGCUAACGAAAACUUGGACAAGCUGCGUAACGUCAUCUGCACGUACGUUUGGGAGCAUCUGGAUGUUGGGUAUAUGCAGGGCAUGUGCGAUCUCGUUGCUCCGCUGCUUGUCAUCUUCGACGAUGAGUCGCUCAGCUAUGGCUGCUUCUGCCGGUUUAUGGAGCGCAUGAUUGAAAACUUCCCCAAUGGCGGUGCAAUGGACAUGCACUUUGCUAAUAUGAGAUCACUGAUUCAGAUCCUAGACUCGGAGAUGUACGAUCUGAUGCAUGCGCACGGCGAUUACACCCAUUUCUACUUCUGCUAUCGCUGGUUCCUGCUGGACUUUAAGCGCGAGCUCAUCUACGCCGACAUCUUCUCCGUGUGGGAGGUGAUCUGGGCGGCGAAGCACGUGGCGUCCGCACACUUUGUCCUGUUUCUGGCCCUGGCCCUGCUGGAAACCUAUCGCGACAUCAUCCUGUCCAACAGUAUGGAUUUUACGGACAUUAUUAAAUUUUUCAACGAAAUGGCUGAACGACACAACACACCAUCCGUGUUGAAGCUGGCACGCAGCUUAGUGCUACAGCUGCAAACCAUCAUUGAGAAUAAGUAAGCUAGGUGUGCACACAAACGACGUUCUCACAUGCAAAUACCGAACGCAUUCAGUAUACAAAGAGGCGGGGAAAGUCCCAGGCAAUGGCAUUGUACAACAAUGGCCGAUGAGGGAGUCACGAAUCGGAGGUAGAAAAUUAUUAACUAUAUUUAAUGAGCGAACAAACAAAUCCUACGAUGGGCAGGAGAAUGAAAAGCCGUACAAACUGUACACCUACUGCUUCAUCCAACAUAACGAAGCCCCCAUCUAUUUAACUUCAACGCCCCAGCACGGUGGAUGAAGGAAAUCUCUCUCUCGCUAUAGAAAGAUGUUUGAACGUCGUCUAUCUGUCUGUCUGUCUGUAACUCUGUCACUGCUUCCCUUUUUGGGGCAGUUUGUUUGUAGUUAACCGUUUCGCAAGCCGCAGGCACCCACAGGCUUGGAUGUCCUGGCCUGUCCUUGUCGUCUUUCGGUUUCGAAUGGUUGCUUUUACGUUAUCGCUGUUGUCGCUGUGUUGUUGGGAUUCUAACUAGUGUUAACUACCUUUGUUAACAACCCCUCCUAAAGUCUUUGUAAACGAAUAUAUGUAUAUCGUGUACGUCGUGCAAAAACACACACACACACAACGCUGGUAGGUGCCUGUAUUCGCAUCCCGCGAUGCGCUGUAGAGUUUGUAGUAACACAUGUAGUAAUAUCCCACCACCAAACACUUCCCACAUAUAUUAAAAAGACACACAGCCAAGCUAUUCCGAAUACUCACUCACGCUGCAUCACAGCGAACGGAGGUCUGUGCAAAAAAAGCAGACCUUUCUUCUGUUUAGGGCAAAAGCACCGUAAAAAAGCUCCUCCUCCUCCCUUUACUUUGUGUAGUGUUUCGGUUUCCGCAAUAGUUGUCGAUGUCUAAAUAGAGCAAAGAAGGAAAGAGGAUUACAAAAUAAAUUAACUACAGCAAAUGAAACAUACAAAAGGAAAUACAAACACUACAAUAUCCAAUGCAAUUGAAUCUUAUGAUGAAUCGUACUAAAAAAAAGGACAGUAACAAAACAGAACAAAGCAAAAGCUACACCUAGAAGUUGUAGACGUUGUUAGUAACGAUGUAAUCAAUUAUAUUUACCACCGUUUAGUUUCUAUAUCUAUACAGAAAGAGAGCAAGAGAGAGAGAGAGCGAGAGAGCAUUUGUUUCGCUUUGUCUACCAUUAUUGUCCAGGAAAAGGGUACAUAUUUAAUCAACGGUACGUACAAAAAACGCCCAUUUAGCAGACUCUGUUAGGCUGCUGUUUGUUUAGUUUAAAAAAAAAAACAGAAAAAAAUCAAAUAAUCAAUUGAACUGGUAGCUUCCAUGGUAUUCUCUACAAAAACACACACACACACAUAACAAUUCGUUGACGUCAACGCAAGUCAACGAGCAAGUGUCAGUCGUAAGUAAACCAAAUAACGCACGCCUACUAGGUUGCGAGUUAUACAUUCAAUUCGCAACACAUCAUACUCUCAUAGCACAGGCUCGAACCACGAGCAUCAAGCAGCCAUA